AUGUCUUUCCCCCAGCUAGGCUACCCGCAGUACUUAAGUGCCUCCCAGGCGGUGUACGGGAGCGACAGACCGGGAGUGCUUACGCCUUCGUCCCGGGGAGGGAGCACCGAAAUCGGAGGAAGUCCGUCCGCUACAGCAGCGGCGGUCACGUCGGUGUUGGGCAUGUACGCCAACCCGUACGCACACAACUACAGCGCUUUCUUACCAUACACCAGCGCGGACUUGGCUCUUUUUUCACAAAUGGGGUCACAGUAUGAGCUGAAGGACAGCCCCGGCGUCCAUCCUGCCAGCUUCGCUGCCCACACCUCUCCGGCCUUCUAUCCAUACGGCCAGUUUCAGUACGGGGACCCAGCCAGGCCCAAGAACGCCACUCGGGAGAGCACCAGCACCCUGAAAGCCUGGCUCAACGAGCACAGGAAGAACCCGUACCCGACCAAGGGGGAGAAGAUCAUGCUUGCCAUCAUCACCAAAAUGACCCUGACGCAGGUCUCCACAUGGUUCGCCAACGCCAGGAGAAGGCUCAAGAAGGAGAACAAGGUGACCUGGGGUAGCAGGAGCAAAGAGGACGGGGAGGACGGGAACUUGUUCGGCAGCGGGGACGAGGCGGAGAAAAACGAAGACGAGGAGGAGAUUGAUUUGGAGAGCAUAGAUAUAGACAAAAUCGACGAUAACGACGGGGAUCAAAGCAACGAGGACGAUGACGAUAAAUCAACAGAAGGGAGCAGGGACCACCGAGGCGGAGGCGGUGCGGGUGGAGAGUUGGACACUUUGGAGAAAAGACGGGCCUUUGCGCUACAGGCCCACGAGGCCUUUGACAAAUCUAAAAGCACACUUUCAGUUCACCCAGGGAGUAAAGAGAACUCGGACGGCAACAACAACAACACCACACGAGUUUUGUCCCCAGACAGACCUGGGAGCUUUCCUCUCCCGUCUAACAAUAAGCCUAAAAUAUGGUCUUUAGCAGAGACCGCCACUAGUCCCGACAGUUCAUCUCAGAAACCCACGUCCCCUUGUGGUCCAGCGGCCACCACUCACCCAUCAGCACCCCACCACCAGAUCCAGACCCACCCGGCCUUCCUCCCCAGUCAUGGACUGUACACUUGCCAGAUUGGGAAGUUCCACAACUGGACAAAUGGAGCUUUCCUGGGCCAGAACUCCUUGCUGAACGUGAGGUCGUUUCUGGGAGGAGUAAACCAGCACCAUCACCAUCACCACAAGCACCACUUGCCGGCCCAGCAGCAGCCGACAUCAGUGGUGGUGUCGCCGGUAGCAGCUGCUGCAGCACUUAGCAAUGAAAGCAAGGCCUCACCAGAGACCCACAGUCCCAAGCACAUAGACCAUGAAAACGGCAUAAGGUCUGAUUCGCCUCCAACACAGACCCUGAAGUCUUCCUUUCGACCCAUUCAUGACAGCGCCAGGAGUCCACCAGACGCCACGCAACGGGUCCUCACUGCUCUCUCCUCGGCUUGA